CGGGCGCCGGGCAUCACUGGUAACGGAGGACUGGUGCGAGAUCAUGAAGUGACUCCUCUGGACUCUGUGAAACGACUCGUUCAUGCGGCGACAACACUCGUUUUCAUAGACUGACAUCGCCAGGGACGCAGACAUGUUACGGCAAACAAAGUCGUUCAUCCAAAGUUUCCACCGACGUUUGGCGUCACGCAGGCUCAAGAGCACUUCUGCUGUGGAGCGAGCGCUGCAGUAUCAGUGCGGACAGAAAAUCCACGGCUUCACAGUUGAAGAGGUGGUCCAAGUGCCAGACUUGUUCCUGGCCGCCGUGAAGUUGAGUCACGAUGGGACGGGAGCUCGAUACCUGCACGCGGCCCGAGAUGACGCCAACAACCUCUUCAGUGUCCAGUUCAGGACGACCCCCAUGGACAGCACUGGGGUCCCGCACAUCCUGGAGCACACGGUUCUGUGUGGCUCCCACAAGUUCCCCUGCAGAGACCCCUUCUUCAAGAUGCUCAACAGAUCCCUGUCCACCUUCAUGAACGCCUUCACAGCCAGCGACUACACCAUGUAUCCUUUCUCGACUCAGAACGGAAAAGACUUCCAGAAUCUUCUCUCUGUCUACCUGGACGCAGUGUUCUUCCCUUGUUUACGUGAGCUGGACUUCUGGCAGGAGGGUUGGAGGCUGGAGAACGAGAACCCCACGGACCCCGAGUCCACGCUGGUGUUCAAGGGCGUGGUCUUCAAUGAGAUGAAGGGAGCCUUUUCCAACAAUGAGAGUCUGUACGCGCAGCACCUGCAGAACAAGCUGCAUCCCGACCACACGUACUCGGUGGUGUCCGGAGGAGAGCCGCUGGCCAUCCCGGACCUGACCUGGGAGCAGCUGCGACGCUUCCAUGCCACCCACUACCACCCGAGCAACGCCAGGUUCUUCACGUACGGAGACCUGCCUCUGGAGCAGCACCUGCAGCAGAUCCACGAAGAGGCUCUCUCCAAGUUCCACCGCAUCGACCCGAACACUGAGGUCCCUCACCAGCCACGCUGGAGCUGCCCGAGAGAAGACCAUGUGACCUGCAACCCCGACGCUCUGGCUCCUGACCCGGCCCGACAGAACACGCUGUGUGUCAGCUACCUGCUGGGAGACAUCACCGACACCUUCGAGAGCUUCACUCUCAACCUGCUCUCCUCUCUGAUGAUCUCCGGCCCCAACUCGCCUUUUUACCGAGCGCUCAUCGAGCCCAAGAUCGGCACAGAUUUCUCCUCGGUGGUCGGCUUCGACGGCAGCACCAGAGAAGCUUCCUUCAGCAUCGGGCUCCAGGGCAUGGCCGAGGGGGACGGCGAGCGGGUCAAAGACAUCAUCUCCCGCACGCUGGACGACAUCAUCCAGAAUGGCUUCGAGGACGAGCAGAUCGAGGCGCUGCUGCACAAGAUAGAGAUCCAGAUGAAGCAUCAGUCCACCAACUUCGGCUUGGCUUUGGCCUCGUACAUCGCGUCACCGUGGAACCACGAUGGAGACCCUGUGGAGCUGCUGAAGAUCAGCCAGAGCGUGGACAAGUUCCGGGGGGCACUGAAGGAGAACCCUCGUUUCCUCCAGGAGAAGGUGGCGCACUACUUCAAGAAGAACACACACAGACUGACGCUGUCCAUGAGUCCUGAUGAAAACUUCCUAGACAAACAAGCCAGAGCAGAAGAGGAGAAGCUCCAGAAGAAGGUCCAGGAUCUGUCCCAGAGUGACCGCCAGGAGAUCUACGAGAAGGGUCUGCAGCUGCUGGAGCUCCAGAGUAAACCUCAGGACGCUUCCUGUCUCCCGGCUCUCAAGCUCUCCGACAUCCAGCCGGAGAUCCCGCUCACUCCCGUGCACAUCAGCACCGCAGGAGGGGUUCCGGUCCAGCUGUGUGAGCAGCCCACCAACGGUCUGGUCUACUUCCGGGCCAUGUGCAGCCUCAACACCCUGUCCGAUGACCUGAAGCUCUACGUGCCGCUCUUCUGUAGCGUCAUCACCAAGAUGGGCUCUGGAGAUAUGGACUACAGGCAGCAGGCCCAGCAGAUGGAGCUGAGGACCGGUGGCAUGUCGGUCUCCACCCAGGUCAUCCCCGACUCCACCCAGCUGGACAUGUACGAGCAGGGGGUGGUCCUCUUCUCCUCCUGCCUGGACCAGAACCUUCCUCACAUGUUUGGACUCUGGAGAGACAUCUUCAACAGUCCCCACCUGGAGGACGUGGAGCGACUCCGUGUUCUGGUGAUGAUGUCAGCGCAGGAGUUGGCCAACGGGAUCUCCUACUCUGGUCACAUGUACGCCAUGACCCGGGCAGGCCGUCACCUGACCCCGGCAGGUGACCUGCAGGAGACCUUCGGCGGGAUGGACCAGGUGAAGUUCAUGAAGCGGGUCGCGGAGAUGUCGGACCUGAGUCAGGUCACCCGAACACUGUCCAGGAUCAAGAAGCACCUCCUGAACCCCGAGAACAUGAGAUGUUCCAUCAACGCGACGCCUCAGAAGAUGGCCGACUCGCUGGGGCAUCUGGAGACCUUCAUGACAGACGUGGCUGGAAACAGGAAGCUGCGCAAACCUGUGCGUCCCAGUAUCGUGCAGCGCCCACUGGACCCCCAGGGUAACUCUGGAAUGAGUCGGAGUCUGGUCUCGGAGCCCAACUUCCGGCCGUGUCCCAUGAAGACCUUCUUCCAGCUGCCGUUCCCUGUCAACUUCGUCAGCGAGACGGUUCGCACGGUUCCCUUCUGCCAUGAGGACUAUGCCAGCCUCUGCGUGCUGGCCAGGAUGAUGACGGCCAAGUUCCUGCACGGAGAGAUCCGGGAGAAGGGCGGAGCUUACGGUGGCGGGGCCAGGAUGGCUGGCGGCCUCUUCUCCUUCUACUCGUACAGAGACCCCAACUCUGUUCAGACCCUCUCAGCGUUCCGCCGUGGCGUGGACUGGGCCCGGGCUGGUCACUUCACCCAGCAGGACAUCGAAGAAGCCAAACUGUCCGUCUUCUCCACCGUGGACUCGCCUGUCGCCCCGUCAGAUAAAGGGAUGAGCCGGUUCUUCAGCGGGCUCACGGACCAGAUCAGGCAGCAACACAGAGAGAGACUCUUCGCCGUCAGUCACCAGAACCUGCUGGACGCCGCCGACAGGUAUCUGGGGGCGGGUCAGAAGACCACCGGCGUCACCAUCCUCGGCCCAGAGAACCAGGCCAUCAGCAGAGACCCGUCCUGGGUCCUCAAGUAAUCCUCCGUUAGUUUUCACCCUGUUAUAUCAACUCUACAGACGCACCACUGCCUCAGAGACGACCCGACCCGACUGGGCUCGGUUCUGCCGGAUUCAUGCUAACAUGACUGAUAAGUCACACUCUGAUCCCGACUCAUGUUUUUCUUCAUCGCUCUCUUUGACCCAACAUUGUCUCUCUCUGGAACACACUUGUUUUCAUGUCGACACAAACACUUUAUUAUUGAGACACACGGGGGAAGUUACACACAGUCACAUGAUCACCACAGCAGCGGUGGACUCACGAACGAAGACGGCUCGAAGGUUUGUCCAGCAGAACAGUCUUGACAUGAAGCAGCGGACGUUUGAGCGACACGAGACUUGAACAUGAAACCUUCUGACAAUAUUUUAAACUCUAGUUUAUAUAUUCAUUAAAUAUUUAGAACCCCCCAGUCUGGGACUUGAGCCGGGCGCCGGGUCUGGUCCGGAGGAGUCACCUCCGCCGCCCCCUCAUCAGACUUGGGUCGGGUCUCGGAGGUCCCACGGUUCAGAUGCUGGCCAUCGUGUCACUCUCCUUUGCUCUGAAGCGGGCCACGUGUUCCAACUGGCCCGAGUCAGACACGUCGUAGCUCGUCUUGUACUUGGCCAGGAUCUUCAUCAGGGGGCGGAGCUUCAGCCACCACUGCUCCUUCGGGAUCCGGUGGCUGCGGGGAGGAGACAGAACCGUGAGACGACCUGGCGACGGUUGACCUUUGCAGACGAAGCUUCUUACACGAAGUCGGUCUCGUCCCGAAGUUGUGACACGGGCUGGAAGACCAGGGCGCGGCGCCUCAUCCCCAGAAGGCAGGCGCUGUCUGCGGAGUUGGCAAACACCCGCCCUGAAGAGAGAGGGAACGGUCAUGUGACCUGGUGGAGCGAACAACCUGGUUCAAGCUCACCUCCUUUGAUCGAGUCCUUCAGGGUCUUGGUGAUCCACUGGACCGCCUUUGCCGCUAUCUUGGUACUGAAGUUCCUGUCGAAGGGAGACGGAGCGCCACCCUGUGGCCAGGACAGGAAGUGACCAGUUCAGUAUUGACCUUGAGUCUCUCUUCUCUUUCUCAUCUUUCCUCACCCCCCCCACUUCACCUGCUGCAUGUGUCCCAGGAUGUUCUUCCUGCAGUCGAACACGCCUCGUCCCUCCUCAGAGUAGAGCUGGUAGAUGAAGUCGGUGGUGAAGUUCUCGUUGCAGUUCUCGUUUCUGAAAAUGAAAGAGAAAUCACACACACUUCCUCACACACACACACACACACGUCUCUCACCUGAGCACCAAGCCUCGCUGGAUGCUCGUCUUCAUCUUUUGAGUCAGGUGCUCCACGUUACCCUGGACAUGAAAGUCAGGUGAGCACUAACUUCCUGCGGCAGUGAUGUCGCCCCCAGAGUCAUGUACAGAGCUCAGACCUGCAGAUCUCUGAUGUCGAAGGGUUCCUCGUAGAUGAAGACGGUGUCGGCUCCGGCGGCCAGACCCCCAACCGUGGCCAGGUAACCGCAGUAGCCGCCCAUCGUCUCGAUGAUGAAGACGCGCCGCUUGGUGCCGCUAGCUGACUGCUUGAUGCGGUCGCACGUCUGCAGGGACAGGAGACGGUGAGGCGACCCGGAAAUGGUCUGAGGGUCAUCGAGACUGAUCUUCUGGAAAGUCCAGACCCGAGUCCUCGAUGGCCCUCAACAGCACAGACACGAGGGGGCGCUGUGCAGCCGCUGGAGAUUGUGACAAACCUGAAGCUUUCAAACUAACAUGAUCAUUUUAGAAGCCUUGUCUGUAUGUUACUGUUUCGUAUGUUGGAGCUACCAAUGCUAACUGUUGUCAAACAACUUUUUCUCCUUCAGAAAUAAUCUCUCAAAAGUUAGUCCAUCUCAAGAUAUUGGAAAUAUUAGUGAUCACGCAGGACAUGUUGGCUGGAGUCAGCAGUUGGCCUUACCUCCACGAUGGUGUUGAUGGCCGUGUCGGCGCCCAGACAGAGGUCAGUGCCGGGAACAUUGUUACUAAUGGUGGCGGGCAGCAUGCACAUCGGGACACAAAACUCCUCAUAGUUGGCUCGCGCCUCGUACAGCUCCAGCAGACACUCUAGAGCCUGAUGGUCGCCAGAUACAGUUAGACCCCGGGGGGGGGGGUGGUGAUGCGUGUG